AUGUCGACGAUCAAGGCGGUUAAAGCUCGUCAGAUAUUCGAUAGUCGUGGUAAUCCUACAGUCGAAGUUGAUGUUUCACUUUCCGAUGGGACCUUGGCCAGAGCUGCCGUACCUAGCGGUGCUUCAACAGGUAUAUAUGAAGCUCUAGAAUUAAGAGAUGGAGGUUCGGACUAUCUAGGAAAAGGUGUCUUGAAGGCUGUGGAGAAUGUUAACGCGAUAAUUGGACCUGCCUUGAUUGGCAAGGAUCCUACAGAGCAGACCAAAAUUGACAACUUCAUGGUUCAAGAACUUGAUGGAACUGUAAACGAAUGGGGUUGGUGCAAACAGAAGCUUGGGGCAAAUGCUAUAUUGGCAGUGUCACUUGCUGUGUGUAAAGCAGGGGCAUCAGUUAAAAAAAUCCCUCUCUAUAAGCACAUUGCAAACCUUGCUGGAAAUAAGACCUUGGUUCUGCCUGUACCAGCAUUCAACGUGAUAAAUGGAGGUUCGCAUGCAGGUAACAAGCUUGCGAUGCAGGAGUUUAUGAUUCUUCCUGUUGGAGCUUCUUCUUUCAAGGAAGCCAUGAAGAUGGGUGUUGAAGUAUAUCAUAACUUGAAGUCUGUUAUUAAAAAGAAAUAUGGUCAGGAUGCCACCAACGUUGGUGAUGAAGGUGGCUUUGCUCCUAAUAUUCAGGAUAACAAAGAAGGUCUUGAACUUUUGAAGACUGCAAUUGCCAAAGCUGGAUAUACUGGAAAAUGUAAUGCCCUUCUUCUUAAGGUGAACCAGAUUGGAUCAGUUACAGAAAGCAUUGAAGCUGUGAGGAUGUCAAAACGUGCUGGUUGGGGGGUCAUGGCUAGCCACAGAAGUGGUGAAACCGAAGAUACCUUCAUUGCUGAUCUUUCAGUUGGAUUGUCCACGGGUGAGAUCAAGACUGGAGCUCCUUGCCGGUCAGAACGGCUUGCAAAAUACCAGCUUCUGAGGAUAGAAGAAGAGUUGGGAUCAGCAGCAGUCUAUGCAGGAGCGAAAUUCCGUGCCCCAGUGGAACCUUAUUAAAUCAAGCUCUUUCCCAGGUGAAGUUUCUUGUGUCCUGAUUUAAGUAUUUCGGAACUAUCUGCUUUUGUUAUUAUGGUCUGAAAUGGUUUAUGUUAUCUUGUACUAAUACUAACUAGUUAAC